UGCAUAAUUUACCAUCCGUUCCACAGAUGUUAAGGUGAUUGCAAAAUAGAGUAGGUUUAAAAAUAUACUAUGGAAGUUCAUUCACGCCAGUAUAGUGUAGCCGCUUCCUACAACCGAUUCUAAACAACGUCUGUUAAGUCCUCUUUUGUCUCUUUGGAUUUUUCAGUAUGGCAAUAUUGAGAGGCUGAGAGCGUCAUUUGUUUUGUUUUUUCUUCCCCUUCACCCUUCGCGGGAAUUUAUUUAAAGUGUUUGUUUGUACUAUUAAAUUCUGUCUGUGACGGUGUUGAGGUAACUCAAAUACAAGUUUAUUUAAAUGUAAUAAACUAAGCUUUCCUAUUGUGUUUGUGCGUGACAUUUCAUAAAUUACUAUUUUGGCAUGAUUCGAGCUAACACAAACGAGUCUCGGCAACCUGAAUUCGGCUCACAGGACAAUCGCCAAGCCAGAUCUCGCCGCUUGUCCAUCGCCCCUGAUGCAUUAAGUGAACCGGAACAGAGCAUUCCUAGGGCGCGAAGAUUUAGAGCAGGCUUCGCCACACGAUUUUUCGACCAGCGGCUGAGUUGUGGGUCACCUUCCAGUGUUUCCACUACGUCGCUUGCCCAACUUCGCGAGAAAUUAAAAGAUUUGCCUCCUUUUGUUUUCAAUAAAAACUAUACAAGAAUCGCUGCCAGUCCGGAUCUACCUGGGCUUAAAGAGGAACAUCAGGAACGUUUAAGCAACAGCCAACCUAAACCACGUUGCGGGGCGACACGUUUAAGGCAAUAUAAUAGCGACAGCGAGACUCAUAAUUUCAGUAAAAACAUUAGACAGCUUUCGCCUAUUGCCGAAGAUUCACCUAGCGUCCUGUCAGCGACUUUAGAUGAAACUAACAGUCCGGACCAACCAACUUUCAUAGAGGCAUUCAAAGAACUACAACCCCGAGUUGAUUUGGUUAAUUUGUUAGUAGAAGAGGCACUUAAUCACGGACAAGACAAAGAUAGUGGUAUAAUAUCAGGUAAAGUUACACAAGAUAGCGAUAUCGUCGAAAAUACACCAUUUGUAGACACUGCGCCUCGCAAAAAGUUAGGUUUAAGACGCCAAUCUAAAAACCCCGAAGAGGUCAGAUAUACAACCGAUGACUCUGACGUCGUCAACGAUACCCCUUGUUAUGACGAUUGGAGAAAAAGAAGUCGAACUAAAAGAGGCCAAGUAAACAAAAUUAAAAUUGAUGAUAAUGAAACGUUAAAUGAGCAAGCAGUUGACGCAUACUUUUGCCAACGAAGUAGCAUACAUUGUGUAGAAUUUAUAAGUCCUGAUACAAUUAAGAAAAUUAGUGAAACCCUUUCUCGCGAUGACGUCAGAGAAGAUGAUUACAAUAUAGUUGAUGGCAUAGAAAUAAUAGAGAAACAUGAUGAAAUCGAUUUCGCUUUUGAAGCAGAUAUUGUUGAUUGCGUUAAUGAUGUAUUAGAUAAGGUUUGUAGUGACCUUGAUAAAUGCGUUGAUUUACUGACAGAACAGCAGCAUCAACUUGAUAUAGAGAAUAGAGAUAUACCAAAUAGGACGACUAGCUUCCUAAAAAUGAAUAAAGACUCAUUAAAAUCACUUAAAGACAAAACAAACGACAUCGAUAAUGAAGAUGUUCAAAAAGUUACACUGAAAUUUAAACCUAAAAAACGAGCUCCAAAAAAGAAUACUGUACGGCAAAAAAAGGCUAAAUGUGUCAAACCUUCAGAUAAUGUCGAAGAUGAAGACCCAAAGGAAAGUACGAAAUCGCCAUUAGUUGGCGAUGUCGAUGCUACAGAACAAUUAAUACGAAAAAAGCGCAAACUUUAUUCACCGAAGGACGAUGAUAAUGAAAACAACGAAAUCCCUAGAUCCAGAAAAGAUCGUAGACCAUCGAGUUCAACUGAAUCCCCGAUAGCGGCUUGCUAUAAAGAAUUGGAGAAUGCCCGCAAAUCUCGCAUUAGACUUCCUAGAAAGAAAACUAGUACACAACCUGUAAUUUCGCCUAACACCAAAAAGUUAAACGAUAUAUUCGAUAAGAUCAAAGAUAACGUUGUCAAUAACGAGAAAGUAACGCUCGUCGAUAAGAAAAGCGAUAAAGAUAUGUCCCUUUAUAAUUUGUCAAGUGAAAGCGAAGAUGAAGUUUUUAAAAAGAAAAGGAUCCAAGUCCAAAAACGUAUAAGUUCGUCCAGUCUAGAAUCCACAACUAAACGUAGGAGAUCAGUAAAACCCGUAAAUUACGCUUCCUAUUAUUCAUCGGAAGACGAGUGUCAGAAGACCGCAAAACCCGUUGCGGUUAAACAAACGAAACCUAGAAGCCGGAAAGUUAAAAGAAUACAGAGUACUGACUUGACUGAUGAAAGAAUGAGAGCUGAGCCUCCGGAAGUGUUAGAAACUUCCUUCGUCCAAGAAAAAGGCCAUUCGAAUGUACCCGAAGAACCUCAACCUGCAGUAAAUGUACCACUUUUAGAGACAAUACCUGAAGAUGUACACGAAGAGCUCGUAAACGUGUCGGGAAGUAAACCUCAACCACCUAACAAACAGGAAAUAAUCAAGGUUAAGACUGAGAAUCGUUUUAAAAAGAGAUGUGAUAAACUUUCAAAGCCAACAAAGAGAAUAAAGGAUACUCCCAGAAAUGUGCCAACUGAAAGGGAAAGUACAACAGUUAGUCCUCUUCCCGGACUGGUUGUAGAAUCAGAACCACGCAAAGACGAUUUGACAUCUUCCUUAGACGCUAAUUUGCUUCAGAAACUAAAAAAGAUUUACACAGAUGUGGAAGAUUUAAGUACCACUCGAGACACUCAAAACAUGUUGCUAAACGAAAAUGAUAAUGAUGGAAUAAAUGUUGAUGCACCCUUGUCAAUAAACAACUCUAAUGAUAAUUCAGUAGCUGAAAAUAUACAACCUGUUGACAUAUCAGAUGGAGGGAAGGAGGAGAAAUCAAUAGACACAGGUGGUCGUUCCCCUAUUACCGGCCAUAAUGACCUAAAUGAAUCACCACCAAAUUUGGACGCACUAAACGAAAGUUUCCAACACAGAGAUGUAGAUGUUGAAGACAGGAGCAGAUCCAUUACGGAGUUCUUGGUUAAUAUGAGAAAUCAAGUAUUAAAUACUAAGGCUGUAAAAAGUACAUCCCCUGUUAUACCUAUUACUAGAAUGUCCACAAAAGAUAGUACGCGAUCAAUUGUGAAUAAAACACCUCAGUUAAAAAGGAAAAAAAGUGUUGCUUCAUCUUAUAUAGAAUCUGUUACAAGUAACCCAAGUGUUGUAUUAAAGAGAAUCUCUUCUGAAGAUAUUGAAUCUCGGGUGAAUCCCGUUACACCAAAAUCACAAUACAGUGCUUCAAGGGUUGCAUUGACUAGAAUGUCUUCUGAUAAAGUACAAAAAUUCUUAACUCCAACUCGUUCAAUGAAAUCAAGCUCCACUGUGACACCUGUAGUCGUUUUAAAAAGGGUUAGUUCUGACGAAAUUAACAAAUGGCUUCCUUUGCCAGAAACUAAAGAUGUUAUAGAAAAGAAACGCGAAAAAAUCCCAAAAUGGCAGCCUAUUCCGGAAAUCAAAAAUGUUAUUAAAAAGAACCUGAAGUAA